AAGGAAAUAAUUAAACAAAGAAUUAGACAAAAUUUGGUGAUAAUCAAAUCUUCUGGAGUCUGGCUGUAUAUUUUUCGCAAACCCAAAAAACAAAACAAGAGUAUCAUCAUCUACCUAUCAAUGGAGUACAGAAACAAGAGAGGAGAGAGAAAGUCAUCCAUGGAAGAAGGCGCUUGAUGAAGCUUUUCUUCUUCUCUCACCUCCUUUGCGACUAGCCCACUUCAACUGAUCCCCUUCUCAUCACACUCUUUUUCGUACUUCUUAAAGAGAGAAAGUGAAAACGCCGAAGAAGAGAUCCUCAGAUCGAAAGUUUGAAGAUGUUGCCGACGACGUCAAAAGGGCGUUUGCCGUCCACUUCUCGGCAACCUAAUCCCGUUUUCCCUCAUUACCUCCGUCGAAUUAUCAAGUGGCAACAAAUGGAUGUUGAAUACACCUUCUGGCAAAUGCUUCAUCUGUGUACCUCACCAAAAGUAGUCUAUCAACACACAAAGUACCACAAGCAAACCAAAAAUCAAUGGGCUCGUGAUGAUCCUGCUUUUGUUGUUAUCUGCAGCCUUCUCUUAGUAAUUUCGACUUUGGCCUAUUGUGCUGCGUAUGAUCAUAGCACAGGACAUGCUGUUUACGUAGUUCUUUCAGUUUUGCUUUUUCAUUUCAUCAUAACUGGAGCAGUGUUGGCAACCUGUUGUUGGUUUCUUACAAAUAAUUACCUAAGAGAAGAGGCUCCGAAUAGUUAUGUGGUUGAACAGCGGGUAGAAUGGCUGUAUGCAUUUGAUGUGCACUGCAAUUCUUUCUUCCCGAUGUUUGUUUUACUAUAUGUGAUACAUUACUUUUUGUCACCACUGCUUCUUGCACAUGGAUUCAUACCUGUUCUGUUGUCAAAUUUGCUCUUCAUGGCUGCUGUGUCAUACUACCAUUAUCUCAACUUUCUAGGUUAUGAUGUGUUACCCUUCCUGGAGAGGACAACUUUUUUCCUCUAUCCUAUCGGCGUUGUUCUAAUCCUUUCUCCAAUUUUUAUUCUUAGUGGCUUUAAUCCCUCGAGAUAUAUAAUGAACAUGUACUUCAGUAUGCGACUAUAAUUCUGAGGUCGAAGCUUGUGAUGUAAGCACAUACAGUGAGCCGGAAACAGUAGAUGACAGUAGGCACAUGUUGUGAACAGGAAGUGCUAUGAAUGCCCCUUGAAGUAUGAAGAUUUCCUGAUGGUCAUUUGUGGGAGCUUUUGAAAUUUUUUACCCUAUACGGCCUAUUCCCCCCUCCCCCCUUCUUAUUUCUACAGAUUUUUUACCUUUAAUUUUUUGGGGCAAUGAGAAAUAGGAUGCCGAUGAAGGGAAUUGGUGGAUCUUGUCAACAAAAUGCUAAAUGUAAUGGUUCCGCUUAUUCUUUUAACCUGUCCGCUCCAGUAGUUCCUUUGUUAAAAGAAUUCCGCACUUUUACUAAUGUAAACUUGGAAAUGUGAAGAUAAUUAGAGCUUUACAAGCAGUACAUUUUCAGGCAAAUAGAAAAUGUCUUUGUUUCUUCUGUGUAUGGGUGUUAAGGUGAACACUUACCUUGAGAGGGGGGAAUAAGCUAAGGAAAAUCCUCCAAGGCGAGUUGGAUGAGAAUCGAACCUAGGUCUAUCACUUGGAAUUCGAGAAACUUGGCCAACUGAGUCAAGCCUCCUUCUCGUAUGGGUGUAUGGUAGUGUUUUUGUACAUUUGAACUGAAAUUCAGGUUGCUUGUUUGUUGAAUACGAAUACACAAGUUUGUUCUUUUU